AUGAGAGUAACACAACCUGUUGGUAUUGUUUAAAUGACAAAUAUUGCCAUUAUCAAAUAUCGUACAAACAACAAUCAAAAAUUUGAAAUAGCUUGCUAUAAAAAUAAGGCUAUCAACUGGAGAAAUGGAGUUGAGAAGGAUCUAAGUGAAGUUCUUUAAGUUUAUGAAAUUUUUACAAAUGCUACCAAGGGAGACGUGGCAUCCGGUAAAGAAUUAUUGUACUGCUUCUAAACUAAUGACAAAGAUUAAAUCAUCAAGACUAUUCUAGAAAAGGGAGACUUACAAGUUGGAGAUAAAGAAAGAGAGGCCUAAUUAGAGCAUUAUUACAGAGACAUAGUAAAAUUCAUACAGGAUAAAUGCAUCCAUGCCACUUCAGGUAGACAACUUACACAGCAAUCCAUUGAGUAUGCAAUUUCAAAAGUAUAAUUUGUGGUGAAAACUGAUAAACCUGUUAAAUUGUAGGCUUUGCAAUGCAUUAAGAAACUGAAGGAGAGCUUUUUCAUUAAAAGAGCUCCUAUGAAAGUAUCCAUCUCCUUUAUCGAUGAACAAAGGGAGUUGGUUUAUUAGAUGUUAGAAGAAUUGGGACUCAAAGACAUUGUUCAAUAGAACAAUAAAUUUAUUGUUAUUAUCGACCCUUAAUUAUUUAGAGCUUUAUCAACAAAAGUUACUGAAAAAUAAUUUAAAAGUACGUUAGAAGUCGUAGAAGCAGCAAUCAAAUAAUAGAUUGACGGAAUUGAUAACAUAGCUUAAGUUGAGUUGGAGUAGAGAUUAGAAAAAUUGUAAAUUUCAGAUUCAGAGGAAUCUGAUGAAGAAUAGAAUCAGAAAUCAAAACAGAAAGGUCCCAAAAAAAACAAGUAAUAAAAGAAGCAGCAACUUUAAUAGCAGUAAUAAAUUAAAAAACAAGUUGAGGAAGAAGAAUAAAAUCAAAUCAAAUAAAUUUAAUAGCAAUAAAAAAAAGACAAUGCCAAGGAUAAUUUGGGUAAGUAAUUUAAAUGUACUUAAUGUUUGAUCUCUUUUGACACAAAUCAAGAAUUCAGAUAACAUUAUAAGACUGAUUGGCAUCUUCACAAUACUAAAUUAAAAUAAAGUGGAAAAAUAUGCUUAUCCUAUGAAGAGUUCCUAGAUUAUUAGAUCCAAUAAGAAAUGACUAAGUGA